AUGACACACUUGUUUUUAGGUCGUAUGACCUGGCUGCAAGAGUUCACCAGGAAUCCCGAUCACACGAACUUUAUCCGUGAUGCCUUCGCCCGUAAAGUUAUGGACAACUAUGGGAAGCAUAUCUACGAGUGGAAGCAGAAGUGGCUCAUCAACCAGGUCCCGAAGUCGAUCAACAACACGGUCUGGGAGGAGUUGUAUGUGCAUUGGGAUAAGGACGAGACGAAAGCUACCUCCGUGACCAACUCCGCCAACCGCAAGAGCGAUCGUGGCGAGAAGGGCAUGUACAAGCACAAUUUGGAUGAAAAUGAUGGCGAGCCGGUUGAUGAUUUCGUCCUAAUGAAGACGGCGCAUACCAACAAGCACACCGGGGAGAUUGAUGAUGGUGUUGUGAGGGAUUUGAAGGACAAAGAUGACCGCAUAGCUGCGUUGGAGCAAAAGAUGGCGGAUCAAGAGGCGGGAUGGGAGGCAACGAGGAAGCAGAACGAGCAAAUGAUGGAGAUGAUGAAGAGGAUGUACCCGAACGAGCAGUUCCCAUAG